UUACUAGCUUCCAGAUAUCUUUUGUACCGUCCUUCCUUUGUUUCCUGAUUUCAUUAUCUUCGAGUAUCGAGCAGAGCAGACGGUCAGAACGAUAAACGAUGGUCUUUGGUCUAUUCGCUCGCAAGCUCGAUCCUUCAUCCAAUACCCAACUACAUACGAGUACACCCUCAACAUCUCCCUCAAUUUCUCACACAAAACCCCCUUCUUCCUCUCCCCAGCCGAAUUCUCACUCCCCCGAACCCGAGCCCGAGUCUCAGCCUGAGGUAAUAGACCCAACAGCCCUCUAUGACCUCAUACGUUCCGUCCCUCCUCAAACAUUCCACCACCACCACCGCCCUCCCCACACACACUCACCAUCGUCUCCCGUUUCUCCUGCGACCAAUCCCCGUCACCCCAACUCCAUUGCGUGCGCUGCCACGUAUCCUUCGAUCUUUCAAACAUGGACACAUCUUGCCGCAUCAAUGAUCAGGGCGCACUUGUUGAUCACUUGGCGUAUCAGACGGUGUGGAGCUGCUGUGAGGGAAAUUCGUCCAUCCAUGACGAUCACAGUCCCAUGCGCUUCAGUAGGGUGUCACAGCCGGAAAUGCAAGCACAGCGUAUCCGUCUCCGCCAGUAUAAUCACAAGGAAGAAGGAAAAUGCGAAAGCAGUCGACAAUCCCUCACCCAGGUCAGCUACUAGUGCUACCCGCUUCUAAGGCAUCCGACUCGCCCAAGCCCACCGCAAAAUCCAUGUCUAGACCUCCACAUCUUCACUUUCAGUGACACUCACCCAACCACACAACAGACCCC